AUAAAAUCCUUCCCUCCCUCCUGCUCUUCUGCCACAACGCACAUCCCAAUCCCAAUCCCAAUCCCAAGCUGCGGCUCCUCUCGGUCGCUCUUCUCUGUCUCCAUCUGCUGUAAAAGCCAAAGCGAAUCAAUCGCUGAGUUUUGUUUGGAGGAGGAUUGAGGAACAGUACUGUUGGAGGAAGUCGUUAAUGGAGUCCCAUAGCAGCGUGGCGGCGAGUGAGGAGGAGGCUGAGUUGAGGAGAGGACCGUGGACGACGGAAGAGGACAUCGUCCUGAUGAAUUAUAUCGCUGUUAAUGGCGAAGGGAAGUGGAAUUAUCUGGCUCGUUGCGCAGGGCUGAGAAGGACAGGGAAGAGCUGUCGCCUCCGGUGGCUGAACUAUCUCCGUCCGGACGUCCGGCGAGGCAACAUCACUCCGGAGGAGCAACUGCUCAUCUUGGAACUCCACUCGCGCUGGGGGAACAGAUGGUCGAAAAUAGCGCAGUAUUUGCCGGGAAGAACCGACAACGAGAUCAAGAACUACUGGAGAACGCGAGUGCAGAAGCACGCGAAGCAGCUCAAAUGCGACGUCAACAGCCAGCAGUUCAAGGACAUCAUGCGUUACCUGUGGAUGCCCCGCCUGCUCGAGCGAAUUGGCGUGGCCUCAGGCGGCGGCGGCGGCGGCGACUCCGCGGCCGCAGCCGUGGAGACUCCGGCGACCUGCAGCGACUUCCCGAUAUCCGAACGGGCGGCGGAGGCGAAGCCCAGCCCGGAGAAUUCGAGCGCCGCGGGGUCUUCCUCCACGACGUCGGUGGAUUCGCUCAGCAUGCAGCUCUCGCCGCAACCGGUUUCCGGCGGCAACCUGAUGCAGCCGGCCGGUGAGUUAUGGACGGAAUCGCUGAUGAACGCCGUCGACUUCCCGGAGUUCGAGCAGAUGAUGUGGCCGGCGGGGGAGAAUUUGUGGAGCGUGGAUGACAUCUGGUCGAUGCAACAACAAUUUUAACCGGAAUCGAAUGAAUAUUGUCAUGGAAGGUGGAGAAGUGGGAAGAAGCAUUAAAAUUCUCUUCGAUUUUGUAGAGAAGAACUAACACAUGACACAUGAUCACUGUGGCUUCCUCCCACUUCUUCUUCUUCUCCUUCUUCUUCUUCUUCUUCAAAUAAUUUCUGUAAGUGUGAUUCUUCAGAUUAACUUGUGCAUGAUUUUAUGUUGAAA